GGCCUCCACCACAUUUUAAUUUCCACAAACACUGUACUAACUAAAGUCAAGUCCUCACAUGCAGACAAUAUAAACCCCCACUACCUAAGGGUACCACCAACUUUAUCUUCACUCUUAUCUUCCAUCUUUUUUUUCUCUUUAAUUUUACUCAUCCAUAUUCCAUGGCCACCAUCACCACCACCACCAACGUCCCUGGUGAUAAACACAUCACUGCCGUCACCGACAUCGACGACGACGACGACAUUUCACCCAUCGAAGAAGUCCGGCUAACCGUAACGAACAACGAUGACCCAACACUUCCAGUAUGGACCUUCAGAAUGUGGUUCUUGGGCCUCUUCUCUUGUGCUCUCCUCUCUUUUCUCAACCAGUUCUUCGCCUACCGAACUGAGCCCCUAAUCAUUACCCAAAUCACCGUCCAAAUUGCCACCCUUCCUAUUGGCCACUUCUUGGCCAAAACUCUCCCCACCACCCAGUUCGGACUACCCGGGUUUGGGCUGAGGAGGUUUUCUUUAAACCCGGGUCCGUUUAACAUAAAGGAGCACGUGCUCAUUUCCAUAUUUGCUAAUGCUGGGAGUGCAUUCGGAUCUGGUUCGGCUUAUGCAGUUAGUAUUGUUAACAUAAUCAAAGCGUUUUAUCGCCGCAAUAUCUCUUUUCUGGCUAGUUGGCUUCUUAUUAUCACUACCCAGGUUUUAGGAUAUGGUUGGGCCGGGUUAUUGAGGAAAUACGUGGUUGAACCCGCUCAUAUGUGGUGGCCCAACACUCUCGUUCAGGUCUCACUUUUCCGGGCUUUGCAUGAGAAAGACAAGCGGCGCAUGUCAAGGGCAAAGUUCUUUGUAAUUGCUCUAAUUUGCAGCUUUACAUGGUAUGCUGUCCCAGGGUACCUGUUCUCAACACUCACCAACAUAUCAUGGGUUUGCUGGAUAUUCUCCAAGUCUGUUACAGCCCAGCAGAUAGGCUCAGGCAUGAGAGGCCUUGGACUUGGAGCCUUCACACUCGACUGGUCAGCUGUGGCAUCCUUCUUGUUCAGCCCCCUUAUCAGCCCUUUCUUUUCCAUUGCCAAUGUGUUUGCAGGCUAUACACUGAUUAUAUACAUUGUCAUCCCUUUAGCAUACUGGGGCCUAGACUUGUAUGGCGCACACAAGUUUCCAAUUUUCUCCUCACACUUGUUUACAGAACAAGGUCAAGCUUACAAUAUAUCAGCUAUUGUAAAUAACAAGUUCGAGUUAGAUUUAACAACAUAUGAGGAACAAGGAAGAAUUCAUUUAAGCAUGUUUUUUGCCCUCACUUAUGGAUUUGGUUUUGCCACCAUUGCAUCCACACUUACACAUGUUGCCUUCUUCUAUGGAAGGGAAAUCUAUGAGAGGUAUCGUGCUUCUUACAAAGGAAAGGAGGAUAUCCAUACAAAAUUGAUGAGAAGAUACAAGGACAUACCUUCUUGGUGGUUUUACUUGUUGCUUACUGUGACGUUGGCAGUUUCCCUAGCACUCUGCAUCUUUUUGAAUAACCAGGUUCAGAUGCCAUGGUGGGGACUCCUCUUUGCUGGUGCAAUGGCCCUUACUUUCACCCUUCCGAUCAGCAUUAUAACUGCAACAACAAACCAGACUCCUGGGCUAAAUAUAAUAACAGAGUAUGUUAUGGGUGUGAUAUUACCUGGGAGACCAAUUGCAAAUGUAUGCUUCAAAACGUAUGGCUAUAUGAGCAUGUCGCAGGCUGUCUCCUUUCUCAAUGAUUUCAAGCUAGGACAUUACAUGAAGAUCCCACCAAGAUCAAUGUUCCUAGUUCAGUUCAUAGGAACAAUUCUUGCUGGAAACGUCAACCUUGCAGUAGCCUGGUGGUUGCUGAACUCUAUAGAGAACAUAUGCCAGGAUGAACUCCUUCCCCCAAAUAGUCCGUGGACAUGCCCUGGUGACCGAGUCUUCUUUGAUGCAUCUGUCAUAUGGGGUUUGGUGGGACCUAAAAGAAUAUUUGGACGUCAUGGAAAUUAUACAUCCAUGAAUUGGUUCUUCCUUGGAGGUGCAGUAGGACCCAUUAUUGUUUGGCUGAUGCAUAAAGCAUUCCCUAAGCAAUCUUGGAUACCGCUGAUUAACCUUCCAGUCCUUCUAGGAGCAACAGCAAUGAUGCCACCAGCAACACCAUUGAACUACAAUUCCUGGGUUUUAGUAGGAACAAUUUUCAACUUCUUUGUCUUCCGCUACAGGAAGCAGUGGUGGCAGAGGUACAAUUACGUUCUUUCAGCAGCACUCGAUGCUGGUGUGGCUUUCAUGGGAGUGUUACUGUACUUUUCUGUUGGUGUGGAGGAUAAAAGUUUGACAUGGUGGGGCACAGAGGGUGAACACUGUCCAUUAGCAACCUGUCCAACUGCUAGAGGCAUUGUAGUUGAUGGUUGUCCAUUGAACUAAAGGUUCUCUACCCCUUCUGUUACUCAUGAUUCCCAUUAGAAUUUUACAUAUCAAUAUCAGAAACACAAUAAAAGGAGGAUAAAAUUUAAUGCAUAAAAAUUGGAAAUUGUACGUAUCACAAUAGUUAUUAUUUUUAUAUAUUCUUCUCUAUUUUUGUGCGCUGCUUCA